ACAGCGAUGGACGAAGAGUUUCCCUUUGCCCUGGUCGUCGAGGGAAAAUGGGACCCCAAGACCCCCAAGCUGAAAAACAAACUGACUAUUUAUUUCCAGAGCAAAAAGUCGAACGGAGGAGAUUGUGUGGUAGAGUUCGAGGUUUCUGACGGCCAAAAGGCGAGCGUGCGCUUCAAAACGGAAGAAGUGAGACAGAAUGUUCUUCAGAAGGAAGGGCAUGAAAUUAAGCUUGGUAAAGGUCUCCUGAGCCUGAGUGUUUAUCUUCCUCCAAAUGAGGCCAAAUCUAGUCUGGAAACAAAGUCUUCAGUUAACACAGAUCUAACAGAUGAAAAGCCAACAUCCUCUGAAUCUCGGACCGAAGAUGAAGCAGGAUCUGAGCCAAAUGAGGACAGUGAGGAGUCAUCUCCAACGUCAGCUGUAAUUAAAAAUGUCCAGAAUCUGAAAGAGGAGUAUCUUUAUAUGCUGGUAGAGAAUGUCCUCGGGUGUAAUCUUGAGGAAAAAAACAUCAGCAUAGAAGUUAUCCCUGAAUGUGGAUUUGCUGUGGUUACUUUUCCUAAUAACAAAGAUGCAGUAGACUUCAUUGACUCUUGCCCCAGUAACUCAAUUUUCAAGAAGAAGAAUCUGGAAGUCAGUCCCCUUGAGAUGACCAUGAAGGUGAAAGUAGAAGAUUUAUCUUCAGACUUGAACUCUGACUUUAUCGUGCUCUAUUUCGAAAAGUACGGUGAAGUAGAUGGCGACGUGGAAAUGCUUGAAGAUGAUGAAUCAGCUAUAAUCACAUUCAAAACCCAUGCAGGUGUAAAGACAGUUCUCGGAAAACAACAUUAUAUUAGAAAAGGCCAGAUCAGGGUAUUUCCAUACUACGAAUCGCUGGGAGUUGCACUCUAUGGUGAUGAGAGACCCAUUUUGAAACUCCCAGAAUCUUUUACAGAAAAUAUUGAUAAAUCUGUUUGGAAAUAUCUUCAAGAACACCAAAAAACAUUGGACCUAAUCAAGCAACAUAUGCAGAAGCAUUUCUGCCACCUGGAGUUCCAAGACCCAGCUGUGAGACUCUGUCCUCUGGACUCCAUCCUUCAUCAAGGUGUACAAACGAAAAAACUUCUCCAGACGUGGAGACAGAAGGCCUCUGCUGAGUUUACUGCUACAGUGUCCAAAUAUAAGUCACUAGAAAUCAAGAUUGAGAGAGAUGCAUGGGCUGAAUUGAAAGCACAAGUCCACCAGAUGUUGUCUUAUGAACCUGUAACACUGAUCCUUAAUGAAGAUCAAGGAAGGAUGAUCAUGGCUGGCCUCGCAGAAGAUGUACACAGAACUGGGAAUGUGGUGCAGAGCACUGUUAACAGCAUUACCCAACGAAUCCAAAGAGAGAAGAACAGCAUUGAAGAUGAGAUCCAAAUGACACCAUCAGUUUAUGAGAUCAUCAUGAAAGAUGGUUUGCAGUACAAAAUCUGUAGCAAAUGUCCCGAACUGAAGCUGAAUUACAAUGCUCCUUCUCAAAAGUUAACUCUUUAUGGUUUAAAACAAGACGUUUUAGAGUCAAAGAAUACAAUUCUACAAGCGGUUGUUGACCUCAAUCGGAGAAUGAUAGCACUCCCACCAUCUAUUUUGCAGUACCUGAUAAAGAUGGAGAGAGAAGAAUUGACCAAAGAACUUUUCUUAUCCAAGGGAAUCUGUGCAUCGUUGGAGAUUAAAAAUAACCAGGCGUUUCUCCUUGCUAAAACAGAGAAAGCAUUGCAAGAUAGUGAAGAUCAGUUGAACGCACAAUUACAUCAUGCAUGCAUUGAAGUAGAUGAUCCCAGUGUGCUCAGGAGCACGGAAUGCCAAAAUCUUGUUGACAGAUUAUGCAACACAGUAAAUUCAUCAAUAAUGAUGAUUCUAAUAGACAUAUCAGACAGACAAAUUGUGAUUUCUGGAUUUGUUGAAUCGGUUCAGUUAGUUCAGGAAAAACUGUCUGAUUAUGUGAUUAACAAUUCUCACAUCACCACAACAGUACAGGCUGAUAAGAUUAUUGUGAAAUUUAUAAAAGAGCACAAAAAGGAAGAUUGGUGUGAAAUGGUGAAAAACAAGGUAAAAGUUAGCUUUGUGGAUAAUGCAAUCUCACUGAAUGGCCCAAGGUUUCAUGUGUCUAGGUGUAAGACUGUCUUUGAGAACCUAUGUUCAUCUGUUUACUACCAGAGAUUUAAAGUAGACAAGCCUGGUGCCAAGAAGGUUUUUAAGAAUAAGGAAUUUAUGAUUGUUGAAACAGCAAAGACCAAAAUGGGGUGUAUAGUUGAGUUGGUGGAGGAAGAUUACAGCAAGCAGGUUUCUUCUAGCAUCAUAGGGAAAAAGAGAGUUCGCACACCUGAUGGAGUGGAGAUUAUAGUCAACAAUGGUGACAUGUGCUCCUAUCCUGUAGAUGCUAUAGUGAACGCAGCCAAUGACAAGCUUGAACUCAGUGGAGGUCUAUCAAAAGCACUUUCGGAUGCUGCAGGACCACAACUGCAGAAAGCCUGUAACCAGAUUAUCAAACUGCGGACAAGGUUGAAUGCAGGUGAGGCUGUCAUUACUGAGGCUGGAAAUUUGCCUUGCAAGCAUGUAAUUCAUGCAGUAGGGCCACAAUAUGAUAUUUCGAAUCCUCAGAAAGCAGUUAGCACUUUGAAAAAUGCUGUAAGGAGAAGUCUGAAUCUUGCGGACAGAGAGUAUUGUCAGUCACUGGCAAUACCGGCCAUAAGUUCUGGCAACCUUGGAUUCCCACUAGUCCUUUGUGCAGACACCAUUGUUUCAGCCCUGAAAGAAUUCUUUGAGCUCAUGAAUGGAGACAUGUGUUUAAAGGAGAUCCAUCUGGUUGACAAAAAUGAUAAAACCAUUGAGGCUUUCGAAGCAGCAGUGCAAAAUGUGUAUGGGGGCAGUUCCACAAGUCAGGGCCCAACAUUGAUUACUAUUUCCAGCAGUCAACAGCAAAACCCGAAACCAUCAAGCUCCUCGAACCAAGGAUCGACCCAGAGUGUUAAGACGAAUGAAGGAUUGACUAUUACUCUUGCAAAGUGCAACAUUCAGGACACCUCAUUGGAUGUGGUUGUGAACUCUGUAUCAGCUGAUCUGGCUCUUAACCAUGGAGCUAUUGCAAAAGCCAUUCUAGCUACAGCAGGGCCACAGAUUCAGAUAGAACUUAACCAGCAGGCUACAGGCCAGGCAAACAAUGGAGCGAUCUUCAUCACUAGCGGUUGCAAUCUGAAAAACAAAUUGGUGUUUCAUGCUGUAGCCCCACACUGGAACCAGGGACAAGGUUCAGACCAGAUGAUGGAAGGCAUCAUGGAUGCAUGUUUAGAUCUGGCUGAAAAGAAGAAGCAGGGGUCUAUUGUUUUCCCAGCUAUCGGAACAGGGAACUUGGGUUUUCCAAAGACGCUGGUGGCUACCAUUAUCCUGGACUCGCUUCUAAAGUUUAGCAAGAAUAGAGCUUCACAUCAUGUACAAGAAGUAAUGAUUGCUCUCCAUCCCACUGACCACUCAACUAUUCAGGCUUUCACAGAUGAAUUCAACAAAAAGUUCAACAUCCAGUCAUCCUUAGCAAGUGGCUCCAUCAAAGGCCACUUCUCAAAGGUCACCACAUCAAUGACAGGGAUUCAUGAGACUAUAAUGGGAGGAGUUGUGAUUCAGGUUCUCAGUGGAGACAUCAGCAAGGAGACAACUGAUGUCAUUGUGAACUCAACCAAUGAGAAUUUCACAUUGAAAUCAGGUGUCUCAAAGGCUAUUUUAGACGUAGCAGGUCCAAACGUUGAAGCUGAGUGUCAGCAGCAAGGAGCGUUGCCAAACAAUGGACUGAUAGUGACUCAGCAAGGCAACCUGCAAUGCAAAAAGAUCAUCCACAUUUCAGCGAAAAAUGAUCUUAAAAGGAUCCAAAAACUAGUUACCAACGCGUUAGAGAUGUGUGUGAAAAACAAUUUCACCUCCAUUGCCUUCCCUGCCUUUGGAACAGGUCAGGGUGGAAUUAAUUCAGGCUAUGCUGCAGACCACAUGCUGGAUGGUGUAAUUGACUUUUUGAAGAAGAUUCCACAUUCUUCACUCAAAACAGUGCGCAUAGUUAUCUUCCAAGCACCCAUGCUACCAGAUUUUUAUCAGAGUAUGCAGAGAAGAGAAGCCACCGAGAAGCCGAAGAAUGAGGGUGUGCUGGCAAGAUUGACAUCUUUUACCAAAUCGUUUUUUAUAAGCUCCAAGCCAAAAGAUGUCAAGCCACCAAAAGAGACUGACUUUGUAAUCGAGAACAAGAUGGUGACUGCGGCUUGCUUCUCCAUCUGCGGGCCUUCGCAAAACGCUGUGGAUGCAACCCUGCAGUUACUUGAUAAGCUCAUCUUAGAGGAGCAGGCGUUUCAGACCAUCAGUGAUUCGAUGAUCCUGAAAUUGUCCGAUAAGUACAAGCAACGAAUCCAGGACCUGCAACGGACCCUGAACGUUAAUGUGAGAAUAGAACACAAGGAUCAGGUGGCUAAAGAGGCGGAUUCAGACCAGGUCAAGCUUACAGUAGAGGGUAUCAGCAGGGAUGUUCUGAUGGUUGUAGGCGAGAUCAAUGAGAUGUUAAGAGCAACCAGAGAGGAAGUGAACCUGAAUAAAAGAAUGGAAUUAACAGCUGAGAUGGUGGACUGGCAAUAUCAACUGGGUGUGCAGUUCCACAGCUUUGACCAAGUUACAAACUUCAAACUGGAAGAAGCAUUUCAUCUGAAUUCUCAAGAAGUGGACAUCAAUUUUCAAAAACAAGUGUACAAAGUCAAAAUGCCUGAGGGUCCUGCUGUGAGUGCUAGUGGUGGCAUCCAGAUGGAAAUCAGACGUGUUGACAAAUUAAGAGCUACUGAGAACCUCCCGAAGGAAUGGGAAGUCAUGGCAUCUAAUGAGUUACACAAGGUUUGUCCACUGCAAGUUGGCAGUCAAGAGUACAACGAUGUCCUGGGCAACUUUAGAAAAACAUGCCAUAAUAAUAAUGUUCUUUCGAUCGCAAGGAUCCAGAAUCCUCGCAUGUGGAAGAACUACCAAAUUAACAAACAAUAUAUGGAACAAAUGAAAGGCCAUCAGAACAAUGAGAAAAUGCUGUUUCAUGGAACCAGAGAAGAUUCAAUAAACCACAUAAACCAAAAUGGCUUCAACCGGAGCUAUGCAGGGAAAAAUGCUGCAGUUUAUGGAAAAGGAACCUACUUUGCACUUAAUGCAUCUUACUCGGCCCAGGAUACAUAUUCAGUACCAAAUGCACAAGGAAAUAAGCACAUGUAUUAUUGCAGAGUUCUCACUGGAGAAUAUACAGUUGGAAACAAAACAAUGAUCGAUCCCCCUCCCAAAACCGCCAACGGCACAGAUCUCUAUGACACUGUGGUGGAUAACACAGCCACUCCAACCAUCUUUGUGGUGUUCCGUGAUUACCAUGCGUAUCCGGACUAUCUAAUUACUUUUACCUGAACUGCAAACCAAAGAUGGCUGCACGAUUCAUGAAUACCUGUGUAGUGAUGCAACCUGGAACUGAAAUAAACUCCAUUUUCAUAAAUUAAAAUAAAAUAAUUGACAAUAUUAAAAGGGGGGGGCAGGGUCUAUAUUAUUUUGAAAAAAUUAUAUUUACAAUAUAUAAUUGUGAUUGUAAAAUUUAGUUCUGGUGCAAGAAAAUAAAGUGAGGAGGAUGUCUUCCCAAAACCAGUAACCCGGUAAAGCAUCCAAGGUACUUAUGUUCUACCACCACCAUGCUUCACUGUAGGGAACGGCGGCUGUGUCUCUGUGUCCACCAAAUAUAGCGCUUUAUGUCAAGGUCUCAGAACUGACUACUUACUUUUUCUACGUUUCCUGAGUCUCCAACAUGCCUGUAACAUGACUGUCCAUAAAGCAAAGCAGUGUGAUGUUUAGGCGUUAUGGUCAUCAUGUGUCUCCCAUCUGAGCUGUGGAUAUCUUCAGCUCCUUCAGCGUUUCCCUUGUCCUCUUGGUUGUUUCUAAGAUUAAUGCUUUUAUCACCUGAUAAUCUUGAGGAUGGUCUCCUCUAGGCAGAGACCCUGGUGUUUUGCAUUUAUUUUUUUUGGAAAAUGUAUAUAUUUGUAGAAUCAAACCAUAAUACAUAUUUUUCCAGAAUUCCAGAUAUAUUCUCUAAGAUAUCUUUUGGCUUUUUCCAGAAACAAAAAUGCUUUGAAAUCAUAAUUAAAGUGAAUUCCAUUCAACUAAUUAAGUGAUGUUUGAUGGAAAAUGGUUGCACCAAAUUAAUUUUGCAAAUAGAGUGUUUUGUGUAGAUUUAAUACAUAUUUCAGUCCAUGUCAGUUCCAGAUUGUAACCGUGUAAUACUAACCGACGAUCAAGUGUCGAAAACAUGUUGCUGCUUUUAGGUUUGUUUGAAUUAGAAUUGACUUCUGCUUUUAUUGAUGAGAGCCUGAGAAGCAUAACUACAUCUCAAUAACUAGAGACUUCUUGACAAAUGAUUCUCAUGGUUCUGAUCUAAUUUUCAGGUCUACUAGAUUUAUAGUGUACUUGAAUAUUUCAGCACAUGCUAAUCCCCUGUAUGCCUUAAAACCACGGAUUGCUGAAAUAGCAUGGCUGCUGGCUCAAGACUAUUAUAACUAUUAAUGGGAGACCAUUAUAUUUCCUAUUUCUCUUGAUAUUGAAGUUUGAAGGGAUUUUUUUCCCAUUUUGCAUGUGAUCAUUGUUAUGAAAGUCAAGCAAGGCACUGAUACUUUAGUUACAUCAAUUUCUGACUAGAUCUAAAGAAUAGCAAUAUCCUUAUAUAGCUUACAUUCUAAAACUAAGGAAUUUGAUAUCGUGUGGUGAUUUUUACAGCUUGUUCAUGUUCUGUGUUGCUGUCUUCCUGCUGAUUUUUACCCGAUGAUACACUGUGAUCAUGUUUACAGAGAAUAUAAUCUGUUAUCCGUAAAUCAUUGACUACAGUAUUCGAACCUUUCUUGCACUUUCAAGACAAUGCAUGUUUAUGUUUAUGCACAAAGCAAAAGCAUGGAAACGUGGGCUGUUGGGUCUGGUAUAUGACUUCUACCUUUCAACAAAAUGUAAGAAUCGAGUCACGCUUUAGUUUGCUUUGUCUGUAAACAUUAUUCACCGGUAACUCAACAUGUACUUUUUCCUGUGUAGAAACGUCUGACACUCAGUUUAACUUUAAUAAAAGGCAUAGUUUAUUUAAUAA